GCCCGGGGGCGGGCCGGGGCCGGGCGCGCAGCCAAGGACCGGGCGGCAGAGGCCCGGGCGCGCUCAGGCCCAGAACUAGGUGGCCCGGGCGGCCGCACCAUGGAUUCAGGGCCCGAAGAGUACGAGCUCAACGGCGACCUGCGGCCGAGCUCGCCCGGUUCCCCGGAUGCCUCGCCAUCCCGCUGGGGCUUUAGGCACCGGCCUAUCAACGUCAACCAUUAUGCCAACAAGAAGAGUGCUGCGGAGAGCAUGCUGGACAUCGCACUGCUGAUGGCCAACGCAUCCCAGCUGAAGGCUGUCGUGGAGCAGGGCCCCAGCUUCGCCUUCUAUGUGCCCCUGGUGGUCCUCAUCUCCAUCUCCCUUGCGCUGCAGAUUGGCGUGGGUGUGCUGCUCAUCUUCCUCGUCAAGUACGACCUUAACAACCCAGCCAAGCAUGCCAAGCUGGACUUCCUCAACAACCUUGCCACAGGCCUGGUGUUCAUCAUCGUGGUGGUUAACAUCUUCAUCACAGCCUUUGGGGUCCAGAAACCCAUCAUGGAUGUGGCGCCUCAACAGUAGGGCACCCAGGACCCUGGAUUAGGCCUACCCUGCAGCCCAGCCACCCAGACCCUAGGAGCCACCCAGGGUCUCCCUGUCUGUGGCACUCCCUGAAACCGCCAGAGCCAAGGCCAGCCUCAGCUGGACCAUGUCCCUUGACCAGCCGCUGAUCUGAUCACCCCCAACUGCCGUGUGGAGGGCCACUCAAUCUCUCGACUGCUCUUACCAGGGGGCAGCUCCUUCCUGGCAUGUGGGGGCUCGCCACAAGACCCCGAAGGUCAGAACUGGACAGUUACAGAGACCUGUGCCCAGGGAAGGGUCUUGUCCAUGGAUGGGCUAGACCAGGGCCUAGGGCUGGCCUCUAUCUCAGGACAUUCAGAAGGACCAGAAGAGUCUCCUCCCUCUGAUGGUGUGCCAGUGUCCCCGCCUCCCACAGGCCUACCCUGGUUGCCCUGGUUGGCCUGGUAGCCCCUGCCUCUGUCUUCCCAACCCAGGGACACUGGACAGCCAGUACUGCCCUUUGGCCCUAGUAGUGGCUUCUGGUUCUGGUAUCAGUACCUGGGCUCAGGGGCCAUCAAGGAGUCAGGCCCAUGUGGGCCGCAGACACUGCACGCACCUUCCACCAGCAGUGACUGGGCAGAGCCCCAGCUCCCUCCACGGGGGUCUGAGCACCCCUUUUUCUAAUCACAAAUGACCAAUAAAGCUCAUGCUCCUCCUUGU